GGCGCGGGUUCUCUUUCUCUCCUCUGCCCCCCUCCAGACAGGUUUUCGCUGACUGGUCUUGGCCGCACCCCGUCCCCGCCCCUCCGGAGCUCCCAGAAUGGAAAGCCCAAAUGAGGAGGAGGCAGAAGUGGCAACCGCUGAGACAGCAGCCUGUACACCUGCCUGGAUGGAGGGUCGGAGGAGCAGACGCAGCUCUUCCGCUGCCUGGACCUGGACGUCCCGCUGGACAGUGGCUCCCUGGACCUGGACAUGGACAUCAGCCCCCCGGAGCCCCCCUGGGACCUGCUACCCAUCUUUCCAGAUCUGCAGGUGAAAUCAGAACCGUCCUCCCCCUGCUCCUCCUCCUCCUCCUCCUCCUCCUCCUCCCCCCCCAGCUCCGAGUCAUCGCUGUCCACAGAGCCCCCCGGCCUGGCCCCCAGUGCGGAGGAGACGUCGGCUGUGAAGGCGGAGGCACCGGGCGCCCGGCUCUGCCUCCUGGGAGAUGACCUGACCCUCCCGCCAGACUCCGUUCAGAUCACUGUGGGCUCCUCCCCCGACGACCCCCCAGAUGCCGAGGCCAAGUCAGAGCCCGCGUCCCCGUCCUCUCCGCUCAGCUCCUCACAGGCCGUCCUCGCCGCGGAGUCUCCCGGCCAGAUUUUGGGGGUGAAGGAGGUGCUGGGUUUCAAGAAGGAAUCCCAGGCCCCCCAGCUUUGCCUUCUGGGGGACGUCCUGCCCCCCGCCUUCGGCUCCGUCCAGAUCAGCGUGGGUCCCCUCCCCGACGGCCCCUCAGGUCAGGCCCAGCCCCAGCGGAAGCCUCUGUUACAGCCGAAACCGGUGAUCGUGACGUCCGUCCCGCUGGCUGCCAGCGCCUCGUCUCCCAGCCCCGCCGUCCUGCUGCAGCCCCUCGCCCAGCCCCCACCAGUCCCCCCCGGACCCCCGGUCGUCCUGCUUCACGGGCCCGUGCGCGUUCAGGCCCCCCCGGUGGAUGGGCCGGCCCCGCCCGCCCCCAGGCCCGAGAGGAAGAGCAUCGUCCCCGCGCCCACGGCCGGGACCCCCUGCCCCCCUGAGGUGGAUGCGAAGCUGCUGAAGCGGCAGCAGCGGAUGAUCAAGAACCGCGAGUCGGCCUGCCAGUCCCGGCGGAAGAAGAAGGAGUACGUGCAGGGCCUGGAGGCCCGGCUCCAGGCCAUCCUGGCCGACAACCAGCAGCUGCGCAGGGAGAAUGCCGCCCUGCGCCGACGCCUCGAGGGGCUCCUGGCCGAGAACAGCGAAUUGAAGUUCGGAGCCGGGAACAGGAAGGUGGUCUGCGUCAUGGUCUUCCUACUGUUCAUCGCCUUCAACUUUGGGCCCGUCAGCAUCACCGAGUCACCCUCGGCCCCCGCCUCGCUCCGGGAGAAGGGCGAGGAGCCGCGGCCCCGGAGGCACCUGCUGGAGUUCUCGGGGGACCCGCCCCGGGAGGCGCCCCCGGCCCCGGAGGAGCCCCGGCCCAGCGCCCCCAGCCGGCCCCGCUUCAGGAACCUGACCGCCUACCCUGGGGGCGUGAAGGAGCUGCUGCUCAGAGACCUGGACCAGCUCUUCUUGUCCCCAGACUGUCGCCACUUCAACCGUACCGAGUCCCUGCGGCUGGCCGAUGAACUGAGCGGCUGGGUCCGGCGGCACCAGAGCGGGCGCAAGAGAAGCCCCCAGCCCCGGAGGGCACGCGAGAGACAGAAGUCCCAACUACGGAUGAAGUCACCUCCAGCCCGUGCCGUCCCCCCGCACCCUCCUGGCCCUCCUGAAAGGGAGUCCCUGAGCCAGCUGCAGCUCUACCGCCACCCCAAGCAUUCGGAGCCGGAGUUCUUAGAUGCCAUCGACAGGCGCGAGGACACCUUCUACGUCGUCUCCUUCCGCCGGGACCACCUUCUCCUGCCAGCCAUCAGCCACAACAAGACGUCCCGGCCCAAGAUGUCCUUAGUGAUGCCCGCCAUGGCCCCCAACGAGACGCUUUCCGGCAGAGGCCCCGGGGACUACGAGGUCAUGAUGCAGAUCGAGUGUGAGGUGAUGGACACUCGCGUGAUCCACAUCAAGAGCUCCACCGUGCCACCCUCCCUCCGCCCGGCCCCCGGCAACGCCACCCGGGACCCCCUGCCCCCGCCGGCCCCCACCCGUCGCCCUCCCCUCCACCGGCCCCUCUACCUCGGCCAGCCCUGACCCCGACCCCUCCGGCCUGCACUGAUUCGGAGCUGAGAGGCCGGGGUGG